AGCACGCGCAUCGUGCGCCAUCUUUUUCUGGUUUGUCGUUCUUGGCGUUUUUUCUAGUACACUUCCACGCAAUGGAGAUCGCUAGCGAAGAAGUGCAAUCGAACACUUCUCGGAAACCUCACGCCGAGCAGUGGCGACGACUACUCUUUUCCUGUCUUGCUUUAUUUAUUCUUGUCAUGGUGUACCGUCUCAUCGGCGUUGGCGUCGGGGCACCCCCGGAUCGACCCACCGUGAAAGCGGCGGGACGGCCGGUGAAGGACGCCUUGAAAUACCUGCGCCUUUCGGCCCGCAACGCCUCAUUGAACCGCCGUGCACCCAGCAGCCCAACAGCUUUAGAGAUGCGCGUUCGCGAAGUUUUGCAGCGCCGCUGGCCACACACGGCCGGUGCUGCAGCCACCACGGCAGCCAAUGCGCGUCCUCUGCGCGUUCGCGUGGCAACCGUGGCCAAUCGCGUCGACUUCACCGUCUGCGCCGAGCAGGCUUCCGCAUUUGCCAGCGGGGUGAAGGUCUCCGUCGUGGGCUUCGGUAGGCCUUACUCGCACGUCACACGCCUGCAGACCUAUUUAGAGUUUGCGGAGAAGGAAGGCUUGGCUGAUGACGACGUGGUGAUGCUGGUGGACAGCGACACAUUGUGGACCGGUUUUGGGCUGGAAGACGCGGUCGCGAAGUUCGUGGCCCUCCCGCCGCCCUCGCAGGCGUCCCUGUGGCCGGCCGCGGUGCGUGCGUGGGAGGACUACGGCGAGCACACUGGUGAGCGCUUUCUGCGCGAGCUCGUGCGCAACACCAGCCACGACGUCCCCACGGCGCUUGUGCAGCUCCCGCCGGUUCUCUUCAGCGCGGAGCGCUACUGCAAUUGGAUGCAAAAGCUGGCGCAAAUGCCGAUGUGCCCGCUAUCGUUUGCGCUCGUGGAUUACAUCACGGACCUGGCGCGGAACGGCUAUAGUGGUGUGACACCCGAGAGGAUGACGCGGUACCUGGGCAUUCCGCCAGACGACACUCAUGAUGCGCUGGAAGGUGUACGGCGCUUCCUGGCUUCUCGCGGCACGCGCAAGCGCGGCAAGUCCUCUGCGCACCGAGACAAGGCCGACCCUCACUAUUACACGUCGAAUGCGCUUUGUGAACACAACGUAGUCCGCUACCUCAACGCAGGUGGGGUGCUGAUGCGUGUGUGGGCGUUGCGGUUGUACACGGUGGUGUUCCGUGACUUUCUCCAGACCCAGAAUCCAUCACCGAUGGUGGACAAGAGCAAUCGCGGUUGGUACUGCGACCAGUCGGUUCACGGCGCUCUGUACGUGCGGGUCCGCAUGUUUGAGGCAGCGCAGGGGCUGCUGGACGCCACCCCGGGAACCGAGAUGGCGGACGGCCCCUACAGGCUUCCGCCCCGUAUGACGGGGCUGGACCGGCGCAGCGCGUUCUUCCUCACCGCCGCUGGGGUGUUGUGGCGGCGCCACAGGAUCUACGUUGGCACCGAGUACCACCAGCGGUAUGUAGGCCACUUGGUGUUUCGUCUUCUCUGGUACCUCCGUCGCCUGCGCACGUGGUGGAUCCCCGGCAGGAGCGUGAGUGCCAUCCGCCGCAUCCCCGCCGCGUCUGCGAGUGGUUGUGCGCUGACGCCGCUGCUGCUGAGGCGCCCGCCGUGUCGCGAGGAUGUCGUGCGCGGAUAUCAUGCCCUGCGCGACGACGACGCGGAUGUCGCCGUGCCGCCGGUGGUGCACAUUCCAGGAGAUGACAAGGACGAAAAGUACGCAGAGAUCCUCCGCUAA